UUCCGCCAGAACGAGCCCGAGUCAGCAGGAGAGAGGACGCGCUUCCCGUUCAGAGCCGAGAGAGGAACCGGACACACGAGCUGCCAACCCCGCAGAGAGCCGAGCGUUUCUACCCCGAACCAACCAACUCUGAAUUCUCAUUAAAUAUGUCUAAUAUCGUUUGUUGUCAAACGCCUCAGGUUAUAAUGUAUGACCAACACAGAAUAAGUACAACUCUAUAGCCAACGGGAUACCGAGGACUUGAUUACAGUCGCUUCAAGCCUGAUAGUUUGUCCGUGCGGCUGCUCCCCCUCUCCCUGCUGAUCACACCAGUGUAGUCAACUGGCAUUUCUUCUAUUCCAAUCCCUCUCCGCGGGUGAAGAAGACUUGGUUCCACUCUCAGUCUGCUUUGCCUACCUUUGGUUCCUGUUCUACUCUCCGCAGUAGUGCUUCCCUGGAUUUGCAUUAUUCUCUAUUAGGUACACAAUCAAAAUUCGCCAAGAUGAUUCCAAACGGUUAUUUGAUCUUUGAGGAUGAGAGUUUCCUGGAUUCCACCGUGGCCAAAAUGAACGCUCUGAGAAAGAGUGGUCAGUUCUGUGAUGUCAGACUUCAGGUGUGUGGUCAUGAGCUGAUGGCUCACCGUGCUGUUCUGGCUUGCUGCAGUCCCUACCUGUUUGAGAUCUUUAAUAGUGACAUUGAGUCUCAUGGAGUAUCACAUGUCACUUUUGAGGACUUGGACCCAGAGGCUGUGGAGAUCUUGCUCAACUAUGCCUAUACUGCCCAACUUAAGGCGGACAAAGAGCUGGUCAAGGAAGUUUAUUCUGCAGCCAAAAGGUUCAAGAUGGAGCGAGUCAAACAGAUUUGUGGGGACUACCUGUUGUCUAAGAUGGAUUCCCAGAAUGCCAUUUCCUUUCGUAACUUUGCCAGCUCUAUGAAAGAUGGCAGAGUUUUGGCCAAGGUGGACGCUUUCAUCCAAGACCAUCUGCUGGAAGUGUCUGAACAAGAGGACUUCCUCAAACUUCCCCGCCUCAAGUUAGAAGUAAUGCUAGAAGACAACCUGACCCUGCCCAGCAAUGGCAAGCUCUACUCGAAGGUGCUGAACUGGGUGCAGCGGAGCCUAUGGGAGAAUGGAGACCAACUGGAACGACUGAUGGAGGAGGUGCAAAUGCUGUACUACUCACCUGACCAUAAGCUGGUGGAUGGAGGGCUGGUGAUUGAGGGGCACAGUGAGGUGUUUGGUAGCGAGGAGGACCAACUUCAGUUUGUGCAGAAGAAACCGGUACGAGAGAGCACCCAGAGGCCGAUGAGCUGCAGCUCCUCAGGAAGCCUGUCGCCCUCCAACCAAGCAGCUAACGCCCCCAAGCCGACGAUCAGGAGAGAGUGGAAGUACAUCGCCUCGGAGAAGACCACAAACAACACCUACCUGUGUCUGGCUGUGCUGGACAGCGUGCUGUGUGUGAUCUUCUUGCACGGCCGCAGCAGCCCUCAGACCUCCCCCUCUGCCACCCCCUGUCUGAUGAAGAGCCUCAGCUUCGAGGCCCAGCCCGAGGAGCUGGAGGAGCAGCCGCUCUCACCCAUGCAUUAUGCUCGCUCGGGCCUGGGCACCGCAGCUCUGAAUGGAAGAGUCAUCGCAGCAGGAGGCUACAACAGAGAGGAGUGUCUGAGGACUGUGGAGUGUUACAACCCCAAAGAGGACCGCUGGACCUUCAUCGCUCCUAUGCGGACUCCGAGGGCUCGAUUCCAGAUGGCUGUACUCAUGGGUCAGCUGUAUGUGAUUGGAGGUUCCAAUGGACAUUCUGACGAGCUGAGCUGUGGGGAGACGUACGACCCACACGCUGAUGAGUGGGUUCAAGUGCCAGAACUGAGGACCAACCGCUGCAACGCAGGUGUCUGCUCCUUGAACAACAAACUCUAUGUUGUGGGAGGGUCGGACCCCUGCGGGCAGAAGGGCCUGAAGAACUGUGAUGCAUUUGAUCCUGUGACCAAAACCUGGUCCAACUGUGCCCCCCUCAACAUCAGGAGGCACCAGGCAGCAGUGUGUGAGUUGGAGGGCUUCAUGUAUGUGAUUGGUGGAGCAGAGUCGUGGAACUGCCUGAACACUGUGGAACGCUACAACCCUGAGAACAACACCUGGACCCUGAUAGCCCCCAUGAACGUGGCUCGCAGGGGAGCCGCCGUUGCCGUCCAUGAAGACAAACUGUUUGUCAUCGGCGGCUUCGAUGGCUCUCACGCGCUUCGCUGCGUGGAGAUGUACGACCCCUCCCGCAACGAGUGGAGGAUGUUGGGUAGCAUGACCUGCUCGCGCAGCAAUGCCGGGGUGGCCAUGCUCGGCGAAACUAUCUACGCCGUGGGCGGCUUCGACGGCAACGAGUUCCUCAACUCGAUGGAGGUGUACAACCCGGAGACGGACGAGUGGAACGACUGCGCCAAGGCCCUGACUCCCCUCUCCGAGUGAAGAUGGCGACGGGGGGGGAGAGAGAAGGGGGUUGGAGGGUUUCACAGUGCUUCACCUUUUCCCAAACUAACAGGCUUAGUGACGUAAUCGUGUUUCGUGAUGUUCUGUGUGUGUAUGAGUGGAUGGGUGGGGGUGGGGGACGUCGGGGUGCGGGGUCUUCAGUGAAGACUAUUUGGCAGGUGGGGAGGGGGGGUGGGAGGGUUGUUGCCCACAGCAACAUGACGCCUUUGCAUAUUGCAUACAAUGUUUUCUUUCUUUUCGUGCUGUAUAUAUAUAUUUUUUUUCUUACUCAUUAUUUGUCAUAUGCCAACAUUUAACACACAUUUAGUGCUUUUCUUUUCCUCUUAGAGUUGAAAGGUUUGUUACUUGGACGGAGGGUUUUCAGACGAGCGAUCUACUGUCGGUCACUUGGUUGUAGUAUGGAGUGGUGGCGUUUGAAAGUUCAAAAGUUUAUUUAAGAAUAUUUCUGUCGUGGAAAUGUAAUUUUUGCUCACAUAUUUAAAGGUCAGUGGUUUGAAGCCUUACUGAGAGUGAGAGUUGAGAAACACCCGUCAUGGCUUUUUGUGUCAUUUCAAACAAGCGGAGUUGCUGUUUGAAUCUUAAACGAUGGCCUUUUUUAUAUUUUUUAUACACUGCUGAUUUACCAAUAAAAGUAGUAGCAGACAGCUUAAAUCAACGAAUCUAACCAGUGCCAGUUUUAGUUAGAAUUUUUUUGUGCACGCACAACCAUGCUCCUGCUAACCAAACUUUUGUUAUCGUGAUUUUUAACUGAUGUACGUAGAGAUGCAGUUUACUGAAGAUCCUUUUUUUUUUUUCUUGUGUUUUAAAGUGUCAGGCAUUGGCAGAAUUUUCUGGAAGGAAUAUGAGCAAGAAGAUUAUCACAUUUGUAACAUUUCUUAAUUAAUAAAUCAUUUAAAUCUGA